UCCACUUGGAUAAGGUAGAGCUGCAGCCAAGGACAAGGGGAGAAUGCCACUCAAGAUAGAAGGCUUCUUGUUCUUACUUCUGUUUGGCUAUGAAGCCACACUGGGAUUAUCAUCUACUGAGGAUGAGGGCGAGGACCCCUGGUAUCACAAAGUGUGCAAGUGUGAUUGCCAAGGAGGUGCCAAUACCCUGUGGUCUGCGGGCACCAACUCCUUAGACUGCAUACCAGAAUGCCCCUAUCAUAAACCCCUGGGUUUCGAGUCAGGAGAGGUUACACCAGACCAGAUCACCUGCUCCAACCCGGAGCAGUACAUGGGCUGGUAUUCGUCGUGGACUGCCAACAAGGCCCGGCUCAACAGUCAAGGCUUUGGGUGUGCCUGGCUCUCCAAGUUCCAGGACAGCAGCCAGUGGUUACAGAUAGAUCUGAAGGAGGUCAAGGUGAUUUCAGGGAUCCUCACCCAGGGUCGCUGUGACAUCGAUGAGUGGAUGACCAAAUACAGUGUGCAGUACAGGACCGAUGAGAGCCUGAACUGGAUUUACUAUAAGGACCAGACCGGAAACAACCGGGUCUUCUAUGGAAACUCGGACAGAACUUCCACAGUCCAGAACCUGCUGCGGCCGCCCAUCAUUUCCCGCUUCAUCCGGCUGAUCCCGCUGGGCUGGCACGUCCGCAUUGCCAUCCGGAUGGAGCUGCUGGAAUGCGCCAGCAAGUGUGCCUGACACCUGCGAGCUGAGCGCCUGCAGGGGUGGGGGGUGCAGAGUGGCCCACGGAGACCCUGACACACACCUGUGACAAGCGAGGUGGCAUUUUACAAGUUCUUUUCAGAUGCAGAGCUGGGUAGAGAAUGUUUCUUUCCACUUUUUAAGAUGUAGUUUCCAAUUUAAAUGAGAAAAAAAAAGAAAGAAAAAAAAAUACAUUCCCCACUCAGGGCCAAAGAAAAUAAGAACAAAGAAAAUGUCUCUAAAAACAAUUUUCAUACAAGAGCUUAAGUAGCAGGGGUAAUUGGCUGCUAUUUUUUUGUUUUGUUUUGUCACAGCAACACUGUGAAAGGUGGAGUCCCAAGGGAACACAAAGCAGCCCUGAUCAUUUGAAAUUUCUUUUGCUUUAUUCAAAACAGGAACAUAAUGUUUCAUAAAGCUUGGCUUUGAAUGCAAAGGAGGAGCAAGUGUGAGCUUUCUCUAAGUUUUGAUUAAAUCAUGACCAUUGAGGACUGUAGAGCCCCGGGGACACAGAGUGAAAGAUUUCAGGGUGAUUGGGCGGUGAGAUGAGUCCAGUGGGUGUGAGCCUGUGCCCCAGUUUCCUGAGAGCCAUACAAGACCAAAGGCCCCAGGCAGAAGGGCUUCAGCUGCUGAGCUUUUACCCCCAUGUUCACUGGGAUUGGGGGGUUCCAGAGCUCCAUUACAUACAGCCCAUUCAGGCUGCACGUGUAAGUAGUAGUUUAAUUAUACAGUGGGGCCUUGACUUACGAGUGUCCCGACUAACGAGUUUUUUGAGAUACCAGCUGUCUCUUGGCUGAUUUUUUGCAUUGAGUUGAUAGAGUAAUUUGAAUUAAUGAGCUCCUUAACGAGCUCGGUCUCAGAAUGAAUUAAACUCGUAAGUCAAGGUCCCACUGUAUAUAGGAACGCCAAAUGACCAGAACAUACCAGAAUUUCCCUUUAUCUAGGGCUACUGUUUUCAACAAGCUUAACACUUUGAAAACAGUUGGCCCAGGAGCUAUCACUGGCUACGUGGAGGAGGCCCAUUAGCUGAGCCCAUUACCUUUGUAGGAAGCAGUCAGAACCUAUGUCCUAAGAAGGGAGAUGUGACUACACCCCUGGUGAGCCCACCUUCCAAAUUCUGACACCUUGCCGUGCAACACACAAACCUGCCUGUUCCUGACUGCAACCUCCUUGUGAAGGAAUGGGCGUGGCCUUCUCCUUCUGGAGAAGCUCCUUAAGCAGGGAGUUUGGGGAAAGACAGUCUAAGACUCCCUUGUCAUUUAUAGCUCAGUCUGAGUUUUUGGGUUCUUCCCUGGGAAAGGCUAAUGACAUGGCAGGUGGGCAGGAGAGGAUUUGAAAGGAGGAGAUGAGAGGGGGUGGAAUCAGAGAAUGGGGCCCUUCAACAAGACUGGGGAACCUGACUAUCCUGGCCCUGAUGCAGUACACCCUUUGCUAGCAGCUCAUUUCUCCAAGUUACUGUUUUCAAACACCAUGCUGAGUGACUGGACUCACACUAACAUGAUUCUAGACAUCACAUUCACCUUCUCUGUGAGUGAGCAGCCUCUUAAAAUCCCCAAUCUCUUCCCUGGUGUCAUUGGGCUUAGAGGAGUUUCAUAUUUAACACAGUCUCUUUCUUCUCCUCAUGCUGUAUAUUUGAACCUGGAAAAACACUCUUCCCUGCUCUAUCUGCUCUCAAAUCAAUUCAUGGUGGGGAAAAAUCCUUCUCUGGUCUUAGAACACACAAAUAAAUGCAUUUUGAACAGAA